AUGAGUUAUUGGCCAGAGCCCGUCAAGAGGAUUUUUGAUCUGUCCGAUUUGAAGAAUUUUGAAAAAUCAAUUGCUUUUCAUGAGUUAAAGGAAACUUUAGACGAGAUUGUGGUAUUGGUGCAAGGUGUGAAACUACCACCGGGGAUCUUGGAUGUCGCAAUUGUUACACGAGAUGGUAAUAGCACGGGUCAGCCACGACUACCUCCCCCGAGUGUAGUGAUCCCGACAUUGGACAAGAGAUACAGCGAUAACGUUGAACAGCUACUACAUUUUUUUGUCGCUUUAAACAAAGAUAUAGAUGAAACUCCCCCUAUAUCAGGUCCAGCAAGGUUUGGAAAUGUGGCAUUUCGAAAGUGGUAUGAGAAAAUGGAAAAACGUCUACCCCAAUUGCUACUCAAUUUAACCAGCACCAGCACCAGCACUGACACUGGCACCAGCACGAACACUGACACUAACACCAGCACUGACACUGACACUGACACUGGCACUAGCACAAAUUCGGUAAAUAAUCAACAAUUUGUAGAGGAAGCAAGUCACUACUUGGAUAAUUCAUUUGGCUCGAAAAUGAGACUAGAUUAUGGAACAGGGCAUGAGCUUUCGUUUCUUGCAUUUCUUGGAGGUUUAAUGAGAUACAAAUUUAUAGAAAACCCCACAGGGGAAGAAAUUCUAGUCUUGUUCGCCAAGUAUUAUGAUCUUGUACGGCUGCUUAUAUCGGUUUACAAUUUGGAACCUGCGGGAUCGCAUGGAGUAUGGGGCUUAGAUGAUCAUUUUCAUUUGAUAUAUAUUCUUGGCGCAUCGCAGUUUUGUAAUGAUCCACUGGCACCAUCUGUCAAAAGUGCGUUGAGCAAACAAUUAAUAUGUGCAUAUAUGGCAACUAAUUUGUAUAUUAAUGCAAUUGCCUUUAUUUUCAAAUUGAAAAGCGGUCCGUUUUUUGAGCACAGUCCUAUUAUUAAUGAUAUUCACACUAACGUGGUGCUGUGGAACAAAGUCCGACAGGGACUAAUGAAGAUGUAUAUGGUUGAGGUGUUUGGAAAAUUUCCCGUUAUUCAACAUUUCUGGUUCGGAGAGAAAUUGUAUCCUUGGAGAGAUGCGCGGUCAAAAAAUUUGUUACCUUUUCAUCAAAAGGAAGAAGAGGGCGUAGGUGGUGGUGGUGAUAGCAGUAACGUACAUAGUCAGAAACUACCAAUGCCAAUGACGGCUGCUCCUUGGGCAACUAAACAACGCAAUCCACCACCACUGCGUAAGUAA